GGUGUGCGAUCAAUGGACACGCUUGCAACUGUGCCGGCCAAGGCGAGCCGAAUCAGGAAUGUAAAGAAGGAAGAUGAACCUUCGACUCUUCCUGAGGUGGUCAUAACAAGCCGGCCGGUUGCCAAGAACAAAGCUACUCCUAAAUCCACAGCCAAUUUGGAUCGGAGAGUCGCCAGUAGAGAACCGGUCAAACCCCUUCGCAGGACACGCUUGGCCACGAAGGAAACAAGUAGUGAAAGCAUUACCUCUACGGUGGACGAGAAGCCUUCAGCGAACACGAAACCAGCCCGCAGAGGUAGGCCUACUAAAAAGGCGAGAGAGUUGGAGGUUGAUGAGUUGCCUACGCGGAUUGUGCCGAAAGGUAGAAGUAGGUCCGAGGUUCUUGACGUCACUGAGGACAAUGAUGACGAUCCCUUGGAUUCUAUUUGUCAACUGGAGGACAGCAUAGCAAAUGUUGAACACUCUACGAGAUCUGCAAAGAGUACUCUAACUGCUGUGAAGCAAGAAAAUGACGAGGGGACUUCGGGAGGAAGAACUAGGCGAGGUGCUACACGCGCUGUGGUCAAAGCAGCCCCUUCGGCUAACAACUUACGCUCAAAAGCUGCCUCUGCAAAGAAGGCGGCGAGUAUCAAAAUUGCUGAAUCGGCAGCUACACCCUUUCACACUCCUGACAGCUCAGAAAGUGGCAUGGAAAAAGAGAAUGCACCCUCUGUUGAUGAGGAAGACCCUGUCCCUAAACGCGCAAUUCCAAGUCGAACAAAACACUCAAAAAUCAAGCCAGUAGCCACUACCACUUCUAAAACUCAUGCACAAAAAACAACGGAGAUUGAUACCACCAUAAAGACAAGAGCUACUAGAAUAACGCGUACGAGGAGAUGAUGAAGAUGAUGAAUGUGUUGAUGUGCCUUGUUCCACCUGUAUUUGUCUCAUGCCAUCUUGCCAUCUCGGCAUGUCCCUACGCAUCGUAGACAUGAAAUAUACAUUCCUGGACCCAGAGGUUCCAGGUUUCCAUUUCGACAUUGGAGUUUUUUUCUUCCCGGAACUUUUAUACCUCUUAUUCCUGGACCCGUAGGAUCCAGGUUUCCAUUUCGACAUUGAUGCCACUUUUUUCAGCGGAACUUUUAGUGUGACUGUACUUUGCUACGUAAUAUUCUGAUGAGUGCCACAUCAAUUUCGCUUAUCUUUGUACUGUACAGUUUUCUUUUCCUAUAACUUUGUACUCCCUCCAAUGCUGUCCCUCUCAUGCUUUCGUUCCCAUGGGAAACACGCCGUCGUCCACUGGUGAACCGAAUGAUCUCUCCGCUCCUCUCCCUCAGGAAAUAUUUCAGGUGAGCCCGAGGGCAAGGAACUUCACGUUGCUCUUCAUGUUAAUGUCAUC